AUGUGUGGAAUAUUUGCAUUAAUUUUAAUAAACAAACCUCAUAAAUUCAAUUUCAACUUAUAUUAGGAGUAUUUGAAUUCUCCUUAUAUUACUAAAAGACCAGAACUAAUUGAGGAGUUGUUAGCUCAAAAUUAAAGACCUUUGAAUAUUGAUCUUGACUUAGAUAAGCUACAAAUGCUAAAUGCGAGAGGACCAGAUUAUUAAGGGAAAAUCGAACUUCAAUAACCUUAUUACUAACUCCUAUAUCAUAGUUUACUACACAUGAGAGGAGAUUAAAAUACUUUAAUUAAACAACCUUUAAUAAAAGAAUAAUUUAUAUUGUAAUAUAAUGGAGAAAUCUAUAAUAUAGAUCCUGAUGAAUCAGACACAACAUUUCUCAUGAAUAGAUUACAACAGGCCAAAUCAAUUCAAGAUAUCAGAACUCUACUAUAAUAAUUAAAUGGGGAUUACAGUUUAAUUUUCCAAGAUUUAUCCUAAUAAAAAAUAUAUAUCGCCAAAGAUCCAUUUGGUAAAAGAUCUAUGUUGCUAAGUUUCAUCAAUGAAGGAUUUAUAUUGUCUUCCUAAGCUUUACAAAAGAAUCUCCCAAUAGAGAUGGAGGAAGAAGAAGAUGAUGAGGAUGAUGGAAAGACAGUUGAUGAAAAGUAUUUAAUGAAAAAGUACUUGAACGAAUUUAAUUAAGCUAUAAACAAAUCUUGUAUUGAAUUGCCCAAUAAUUCAAUCAUAGAGAUAGAUUUGAGCGGUGAGUAGAUUUAAUGGAAUAAAAUUUAAAUAUCUGAUUUCUUAAAUUUUGAUCAAAUUUAAUAAAUUGAUCCUUAAAAUAAUCUAGAAUAAAAUAUUGGUAAAAUUUAUGACAUUUUAAUACAAAGUACAAAAGAAAUUAUUUAAAAUAUAUUUGGUUUCUAACAUCACUUUAUUAAUGGUUAAAAUCUUAUAUAGAACCAAUAACAAGGAAGAAUUGGUAUUUUAUUUAGUGGUGGUAUAGAUUGCAGCCUAAUAACUCAUAUGGUUUGCAAAUUAUUGCCAGAUAACUCAAAAAUUGAUUUAAUUAAUGUCGCUUUCACAAAUGAUGCUCCUGAUAGAAUCACAGCCAAAAAUGCUCACCAAGAAUUAUAGAAUCUGCAUCAAAAUUAAUAAUUGAAUCUAAUUCUUAUCGAUAAAACUCUGGAUGAUGUAUACAAAGAAGAGAAACUAUUUUUAGAGAUAUUAUAUCCUAAAAUUACACAUAUGGAUUUUAAUAUAGCUAUGAUACUGAAUAUAGCCAGUUCGUAUAAUGUUGAAACUAGAGUACUUCUCAGUGGAUUAGGAGCUGAUGAAAUCUUCUGUGGAUAUGCUCGAUAUAAACAUGCUUUAAAGAGGGGAUAUGCUGAAUUAAUUGAAGAAAUGAAUUUUGAUUUAUUUAGAUUGUGGAAUAGAAAUUUAGGGCGAGAUGAUCGGGCUGUUAGUAAGAAUGGUAAAGAACUUCGAUUUCCCUUCUUAAACAUUGAAUUAGUUUAGUUCAUAAGAUAAAAUAUACAUCCAUCUUAGUAUAUUAUGGGGGAUACUAAAUCAAUUUUGAGGAUUAUUUGUCAAAAGGAAGGUUUAAAUGUUAUCUCAAAGCAUGGAAAGAAAGCCAUACAAUUUGGAACAAAAAUAGCGAAACUAUCAAAUAAACGAUUCUUUGGAGGGAAUAAAAAAGCAAAGGGGACUUCAAAUUACAAUAUUAAGUGA